AUGGCAUCCUACGCAGCAGAACAACUCAAAGAAAAAGGCAACGUCGCUUUCCGCAAUGGCGAAUAUUUAGAAGCCGAGGACUUCUACUCGCAGGCGAUACACAGGUACUCUAGGAACUCACUAAUCUUCACAAACCGUGCAAAUGUACGGCUCAAGUUGCAGAGGUAUGAUGGAGUUGUCGACGAUAGUCUGAAAAGUAUUGAGAUUCAGGGGCAAGGUGGGCAGAAUCAUAAGGCUUUCUAUUUCUUGGGUAUGCCCUGUGAUAUACUCAGCGGUCUGAGGAGGCUCUCGAUUGCUCUGUGCCGACAUGCACAAGCACAACUAUCGCUCAACCAUCCAAACGAAGCCUUGUCGUCGGCACUAACAGCCUACAAUCAAGUUCUGCAUCCACAGCCAGCAGCCAAGAUCUCGCCCAAGGACCUUGAGACUUUCUCCGCAUUUGUCCUAAAAUGCAAAAAGCAGAAAUUCGCCUCCCGGGAACGAGAGCGUCUGCGUAGAAGAGGCGACCUCUGCGCAGAACUAGAAGUCACUCUCGACUCUCAACGACAGCGCGACCAAAGCGAAAUCACUCUGCAACUCCAGCGUGGCGAUGUAGGUAAUAUCGCAGCCUCCGAACGUGCAGCCGAGAUCCGAUCAGCCUUCGACCACAAAGUAGCCGAACUCCACACCAUUUUCGCAGCAGCGGAUCCAGCCAACCACAAGGCCAGAGAGAUACCAGACCAUAUUAUCGAUACAAUUACUUUUGAGCCGAUGCACGAUCCCGUGAUGACGAAGACGGGUCAUUCGUAUGAACGGGCGACGAUCUAUGAGCACUUGAAGCGAAGUCCGACGGAUCCAUUGACGAGAGAGCCGUUGACGAUCGAUGAGCUGAGGCCGAAUUUCGGGUUGAAGGCUGCUUGUGAGGAAUUCUGGGAUAGUGGUGCUAGUGAGUGGAUUAUUGAUUGGUGA